AUGACCACCAGCAAUGCGAAGGCCGCGACGCGCGCUCCCCGUCGCCUAUGGGCCCAGACAAAGACGCUGCUGGGCAAAUUUUUGCCGCCCGGCGUGCUUGGCCGGCGCUCCAAGCUGCAGCACCCGCCCUCGCCGUCGUCAUCCUUCGCCCGCCUCUACACGCGCUCCCCUCCCCCACCCAGCUUUACACGCUCCCCCAAGUCCAUCAUCUCGUUCGAAACGCCGCCCCGCCCGCCCGCGGAUCCAGCGCACAACCCCAACAGGCCGGUCAAUCGCCUCCCGCCCGAGCUGCUGGCGCACAUCUUCCUAUUGCUGUCGGAGGAGUGCCUGCCAAACGACAUAUCCUGGGUCGCGUGCAGCCAGGUCUGCGCUUCGUGGCGACAGACUGCGCUUGCCUCCCCACAGUUAUGGGGCAAGGUUAUCUGCUCGUCGCGGGCGUGGAUGGAAUGCUGCCUUGAGCGGGCCAUGUCGGCGCCAUUGCGGGUGGAGGCGGACCUGACGGGCUGGAGUCCGAAUGUUUCGAAGACGGCCCCGCGGAUCGCAGAGGUGUUAGCUCUGGCUCAGCGCAUAACAAGCAUCGACCUGACGUUCUACUGCACGAUACACGCCACGGAACUCCUUGUAGCGCUGCUUGCGGGGCCGUUUCCUGCGCUAGAGGCCCUCGCCGUUCGGGACAACCAUGAUGACUGGCUCUGGGGUGUGAUUGACGCCGACUUCGUCUUCCCUCAUGGCGUUGAGGCAUACCCGAAGCUGCGCGAUUUGGCCAUCGGCAAGGGUUCUCGGCUGUUUGCGUCUCUCCCUGCACUUCCUCAGCUAGUUUCGCUGCGACUGGACGAGAUCUCGUGGAAUGACCCGUGGGAUCGUGUCGCCAACGCCCUAGAUCCGAUGGUCAGCCUGGAGGAGCUGUCCAUCGGCUACCUGGCGUUGUAUGAAGCAGACGACUAUCCCAGAAAAGUGUGCCUUCCGAGUCUGAAUAGACUGGGCCUAUGUACCGAACAACCUGCCAAUGCGACCAAGCUACUGCGCGCACUCAUGUUGCCGAAACUACAGGAAGUGCAGAUCGAACUCGAUACAGUGACAGAGACGAAGCAGCUGUUGUUGGCGCUGUUCGCGCUGGUGGGCCAGCCACGCUCGAUGCGACUCGAGUCGGUCUACGGAACGGACCAAAACGUCCGCGGGGCGCUUCCUACCCACUCGCCCCUGCCCGGCUACUUUCAGAACGCGAAACUCGCCUUCUCGCCGCGGCAUCUCAAGGAGGCCUGGGCGAGUAGCCAGUAUCGCUUCGACGUCUGCCUCGUAUGGGAAACGCUUUCCCUGCCCGACGGCGACAUGUGCAGCAUCAUCACCGCCGUGUUCGACACUGACGCGGCGCUCGCCGGCCUGCAGUGGCUUGUGCUUGUCAACUGGCACAUGAUCGCAGAGGGCUUCUGGCGGCAGUUUGCAGCGCGGAUCCCGAGCGUGGAGACGCUUGCUAUUGUUGGUGCCCCGCCGUCUGGCCUGCUCUGGGCGAUGCUGCACGACACGGAGGCGGACGGCGCGCUCCUGCCGGCGCUACACUCGCUAAGGCUGAACGGCAUUAACCUCGGCACGGGUGGCUGGCUGGCGCCGCUGAUUGGCCCGCCUGCGGCGACGAUUUCGUACUUCGAGCGAGACAACGCGCGCUUCGUAGAAGUGCUUAUAUGCUACCUCGAGGCCCGUGUUGCACGCCGGCGGAGGACACAACUUGUCCAACCACCGGCAGAAGCACAGGAUGUGGACAGCCUGCGACUGGAGGUGUUCAACUGCAGCUGCUUCAGCGUUCCGGAGUUGAAGAUCCUGCGCAUGCUCGCGAAGGAUGUGUUCUGGGACGGUGUUGGCGCGGUCGUUGCGGCGUACGGCAUGCAUUGGGACGAGGCGGGCGGCGCGACGAUAUAUCAUAACCUGUUAGGCAGUCAGCCUGGGUAUAUGGAGACGGAGAAUGUGUGGGAUCACGAGAUGGGCCGCCGCAGGAAGGAGUUUUGGCGGUAG